AUGCCGGACUACAAAAGCGUAGAUCAGCAAGAAAAGGAAGAAAAACAGGCAGUAAAUGUUAUAACUGGGGUGUCGAGGUUUGCUGAUGAGCAUCUGACUUUAAUCAGGAAUAUAAGUACAGGACUGGCAGUAGCUGGUGUGAUCAUAAUAGCAAGGAGCAUCAGACUGGUCUCUACAUUCAGCUCCGUCUCUGAAAUUCCGGCUCAUUUCAUCGAGAGGAACGUCAGCAUCCGAGGACGAGUGAGGAGCGUCACAGAUCGAGGCCUCGAAGUGGAACACGUCCCGAUUUACGUCCCCCUCUUAUCUCGCCUGCUGAGUAAACGUCAGGCCGUGACCCCGCUGCGUGUGGGGUUAGCCGGGGUGGAUCUGACCCCGCAGGGUCGUGACUGGCUGGUUCAGAGGCUGAGGACGGACGAGACGGUGUGGCUCCGGCUGAUCGGCCGGCAGAACGACCACCUCCACUGCCUGGUGUCGCUCGGCGGGGGUUCUGUGUUCAAGCUCUGUGUGAACGAGGAGAUCCUGCGGCUGGGUUUGGGCAGAACGGCGCCCCUCCACGGCCUGGACCCUCGCUCUCGCCUCCACUGGAGACUCCACGCCCGGCUGCUGAAGUGCGAGCGCAGGGCGGAGAGGGGGGCGCGCGGUAUUUGGGAGGAGGAGAGUCUGAGAGAGAGGGUGAGGCGCGGGUUUCGGGAGAACGCCGUCGUGAGGGCGAUGAAGAGAGUUCUGAAGUGGAUGAUGAGGAUGAGGGACCAGUGAGGGUGUUGAGGUUCACGUACGCUUUUGGGAGACGCGGAUCAUGCCGGCAGUGGUGUUGCUUCACCUAAAAGAACUGAAUUCAUCUGUAAGCGAGUUCUAAAUCAAACCGUGAACCCUUGAUAUGGAUUCAACUCUUCCAGUGUUGGGUGGGCGGUGGUAGAAAACUGUGGGCGUGGCCUGUGCUUAAUUUCAGAGCGGUACAUUACCAGCUGUGGUCAGGGUCCCUGUGGGACGAUCACAGGACAAACACACACACACACAGCAUAUUUUUGGACUGUGGGAGGAAACCGGAGAACCCGGAGGAAACCCACACAGACACUGGGAGAACAUGCAAAACUCUACACAGAAAGAACCCAGACCACUCCGCUUGGGAAUUGAACCCAGGACCUUCUUGCUACGUACCGAGCCACCACUCGUUAUAAAAUUUAUCUUUCUUUGGCAUUUUCUUCCAUUUUUUCUCCCAAUUUAGUCAUAUCCAAUUCCCAAUUGACCGAGAAGGGUCAUAACUAGUACAUGCCCCCUCCAAUACGUGUGCAGUCUAUGACCCUAGAUGCUUCUUUUCACCUGCACCGGGCGGGUUCAUACGGAGAUCCGUAUCGUGCACGGAGAGUCACACACUGAUCUCCAUUAUCCCCCGUCUCUGUGCAGUGCCAUCAGUCAGCCAGUAGAGGGCGUAACUGCAGCACUUACGAGUAAAUCCCAAAAAAAUGUGCAGUGCAGUACCCCAGUUUGAGCUUAAAUACUGCAGCACGUUCCUGAACACCGACUUCCACGUGACCCUACGCCGCCCAUCAGCAUAAUCCCCUCCUCAUUAUCUCCUCGUUUCCCACAAUCCUCUCUGCUCCUGCGCUCUGCUUCCUCUAAGAAGAAGACCUGGGUGCGGGGCGCAUGGGGGGGUGUAUUGUUAUUGUGACAAAGCUGUGUGUGCCCACAUAGACAAUAGGUAAGAGAUGGGGGUGUCGUUUCCAUAGAAACGCCAAAUUUAGGAAGACAAAGUGCAUCGAGGAGGUUCCGUCCCGGAGGCCCAGGGGCCCGUGGCGUUUAAGUUAGUACAGAACUCAAACCGAAUGAGCGCGAGGAAGGAGAGUGGCAUUUAACGGACGGACGGAGGGAGGGACGGAGGUGGAGGAGUCUCACGGUCCUCCUCUCUCUCUGUUGUUAUGUAAAUGGAACAGUGGUCGACUCGGGCGUCCAGGUCUCUCAUUGGCGGCGCAGAUUUGAACUGGAAGGAAAAUGAAAGCACUGGGACACUGGGAUCGGCGGCCUGGAGCGAGGCGGACUUUGAACCGAGUCUCGGCCGCCGGUGGGAGGAAAACUCUGCCAAGGAGUACGGGAGGGACGGAGGGAAGGAGCCAUACACCGGACGGGCACAGACAUUUCGGGAGCGGGAACCCAAGCCAAAAAAAAUAAUUGUAAUUAUUUGUAAAAAUAAACACACAGUAGAACAUCUUACUUACUUACAUAUACAUACUUACGUCUGUAUGUGCACAUGCCUGCUAAUCACUGACCCGAAUCCAUGGUUUCAGCACUAAUCAUUUAACUAAUUAAAAUGUCUGGGUACGGUGAAA